AUGAAACGCAAAGAGAUAGAAGCGAUUCGGCGAGGAACAAAGAAAGCAAUCAGCCCAAGAACAUUCCUAGACAUGAUGAUAGAGUCAUCCGGUCGCCUCGAGCAGAAAUACUCCGACCUGGAGCUGCGCGAGGAGCUGAUGGUGAUCGUGAUGGCCGGCACCGACACCUCCGCCGUGGGCGCCUCCUUCGCCGCCGCCAUGCUGGCUCGUCAUCCCCACGUCCAGCAGAAACUACACUACGAGUUAGAUAUGAUAUUCGGCAACUCGAACCGUGAUUUGACCGUGGAAGAUUUGCCAAAGCUCAGAUUCAUGGAGGCGGUCGUCAAAGAAACUUUACGGUUGUACCCUCCAGUGCCCGUCACGGCGAGAGAAGUCACCAAUGACGUGACAUUACCUUCUGGCACAACCUUAGUAAACGGGGUGUCGGUGGUACUGAACAUCUGGGCGACGCACCGCAACCCCACCUUCUGGGGAGCUGACGCGGAGCAGUUCCGCCCGGAGCGCUUCCUGGAGGGGCCGCUCAAGCACCCCUCGCAGUUCCAGCCCUUCUCGCUGCCCAUGAGGAACUGCCUUGGAUACAACUACGCCAUGAUGUCGAUGAAGACUAUGUUGGCCAACAUGCUGCGCCGCUACAGGAUAUUGCCGCCUUCCCACAUGGACGGACACAGGCUCCAGGAACCCUUGAAAGUCUCAUUCGAUAUCAUGAUGAGGGACAUGGACAACUAUGAAAUAAGGCUAGAGGACAGAACGAAAAAAUCUGAUCAGCUAGGGAAGACGGAAUUGAAUUGAAUCCUAUGAACAGUGUUGUAUUAUUCUU